UUGGCUUUGCAGGUGAAUUUUUUGAAGUAACAAUUAUGGAUACGACUCUUGGAAAUCCAUCCAUGGCAAAGUUGACAUUACUACAUGAUCUAAUGGAGGAGCUGAACCGACUCAAAUAAGAAAGCUUCGGAAUUACCAAGUUAAUGUUGUGCCAUUGAGGAGCCCGUGGACUAGGUCGGUUGAGCGUAAACGUUUAGAGGGUCCAAGUGUUGCAUCGUCGUCAAGGCUUCGUGUGAAGUUGCAGGGGCAUGUUUUGUUUAAACAGCCACAAAGAGUUGGUCAGAAUAUGCGCUCGCCUCGGAAACCAACGCAUAUAUGUUCGCCUCGGAAACCAACGCAUCGUAUUAAUUUUCGUUCGAAUAUGGCAGGUGUAAUUAAGAUUGUUUUCGAGCUGGGGUUGAGUGAAAGAUACUUUCGGCGGCUGAGGCAAACACCGUUUUGGCUAAUGUUUGAAGCCAUUAUUAUAAACAAACUGGACUUCAAUGAAUACAAAAAAUGUGAUGAUCUGGUGGUUAAAAUUCUGAGGACGUUUAGGCUACGUGACGACGCGUUCUAUGUUGGCGGUUGUCCUGUUAAAGUUUGCAAAGCUGACAUUAGGUUGGUUUUCGGGUUGCAACGUGGUGUCUAGCAGUUGGACCUGACGCCGGGCACACGGCCUGCAUCUGAUUUCAUUCAGCGACGUUGUAAUGGCGUAGGGCGGAUAACAGCGAGUCUGAUUAAAAGUUUACUUGAUGAUGCGGUGAAAGGUAAUUUGAAGCGCGAUGAGGAGGACACUGCUAAGCUGCUGUGUUUAUAUGUGUGCGUCAAAUUAUUUUUCUCGACGUCCGGGGAGACGAUCAGUUGGGUGUUUGUUCGGUACAUGGACAACUUGGACACUGUCCAAAAUUAUGACUGGACGGCGACAAUUUUGAACACGCUGUGGGAUCUGUCCGUGAAUUUUGGCGGACUUCGGAGAAAGUUACGGGUUAUGUUGUUGCGCUACUAUACUGGCUUUGUGAGCAUACGAACAUCGUGUGCACGACUAAACCCAUAAUGUUCUCCCGAUUUUUGAAAUGGAACAUCAGCACACUGUUGGCAAAAACACGCUGCUUGGAUUUGGGGGCUGUGUCACAGUUUGAGGUGAUUAGGGGCAAACUUGUGAGCCAACCGUACGAAAAGGUUAUAAUAGCUGGAGAAGAGUUUGAUGGUGGGGAGGACGCUAAUAUUGAUGAAGAUCGAGAAGUGGGUAGAGAAUACAAUAGCAAUGGUAGUGAUGAUUUUUGUAGUGACAGUGGGGCUGGGAACAAUGUGAACAUGGGUGUUUGUGGCAAUGAAGUUGUGGGUGGUGUCGGGGUGGCUGCUAAAAGGAACGUCAAGGGCAGUGGUGAUUGUAGACGAUUUGAAGCGGAGGGGGGUGUGGUUGCAAAAGGUAAACCCUGUGUUGCGAUAGAUGCCGUAAGUUCAGCGAAGCGGGAUGUUGGUGGUAUUGUAUGUGCAACACGGGUGGAAUGGAUUGGUGAUGGCAAUGGGAAACUGGAGACGGCGUUAGCCGAGUUAUACGCACUUCGGACGGAAUAUAGAGUUAAAGAUGGUACGAUUGCGGAGUUGCAAGCAAAGGUGGACCAGCUGAGGAGGAUGAAAAAAAAACAAGCUGUGGAUAUAGUUGAUGGUUUCACCUUAGUUUUCAAGGUGAAGGAAGAUGAGAUGAAGGUGGUGGAGGAAAAUGUUGAGCUACGGAAAACGAUAGGUGUUUUAGAGGAGCAGUUAGCUGAACAAGAUGUACACAACGUGACACAAGCAUUCCGUAAGGUCACUAAUGGUGACACUGAUAUGUGGGAAGGCAACGGUAUUGGAAGUAACGAAGGGGCGACAUUUGAUAGUGUUGGACAGCGGGGAAAUAAUGUGUUAAAAAAGGGUGAAAAUUGUGGGGGAUUCGAUGAAAUGACAAGUGGUGUGGUGGUUGAAGUUAGUGGGAAUGGGUCCGAUGUAGUUGAAGUUGCUGGGUGUGUGACGAGAACACAACCGGUGGAGGGCGUAAAGAGCUCGUUUGUGAGGAACCUGAAGGGUAAGGUGAGGAAGGAGCUUAUGAAUCCAGAUUUUGAGUACAGUGGUGUGGGUAAAAUGAUGAUGGGGUGUGGUAAGGUGGUAGAUGUCCUACGUACCAGUGUGAGAAGUGGUAACGCUGGACGGUCUAUUGAUGUGGAUGCAUGUGCAGUAAGGAGCAGGGAGUUGUAAUACCUCUGUUCCGUAAUACGUUAAUUGGUCCUUAACAUGAUGUGAUUAUGUGUUUUGAUAUGAUUUUGUGUUCCAUUAUGUGAAAAUGUGUGAUUUUGAAGUUCUAUCUGUUCACCAUAGGAAUAUCUGUUGGAUAAUCUGC